AUGGUUACUUACAACACUUCGAUUAAUGGGUUUUGUAAGAAGGGUGAUUUGGAUACUGCAAGGCGAGUUUUGGAUCAAAUGAAGGAUAGUAAGGAUUGCUUGCCCAGUACGGGUGAUACUAAGAAUGCUCAGAAGGUGUUUGAUGAAAUGACUUGCGAGCGGGAUAUAAUUACUUGCAAUACUAUGAUUCAUGGGUUUUAUAAGAAUGGCGAUGUUAACGAUGCGCAGAAGGUGUUUGAUGAAAUGACUUGCAACCGGAAUAUGAUUACUUAUAAUACCAUGAUUCAUGGGUUGUGUAAGAAGGGCGAUUUGGAUACUUGUAAGAGAGGCGAGUUGGAAGAGGCGAUGAAGUGCAUGAGUGAAAUGAAGAAGCAGGAUUGUGAGCCUAACAUGUUUACUUACAAUGCUCUGAUUCAUGGGUUUUUCAACAACGGUGACACUAAGAGUGCCCAGAAGGUGUUUGAUGAAAUGACUUGCAAGCGUGAUAUAAUUACUUACAAUACUAUGAUUCAUGGGUUUUGUAAGACUAGUGAUUUUGAUAGUGCGAGGCAAGUUUUGGGUUGUAUGAGGGAAAAUAAGGAUUGUUUGCCUGAUACGGUAACAUAUACAACUUUGAUUGAUGGGUAUUAUAAGAAAGGCGAGUUGGAGGAGGCGAUGAAGUGCAUGAGUGAGACGGAGAAGCAGGGUAGUGAGCCUAAUCAGAUUAGCUACAGUAUUUUGAUUCAUUGUUUGGGUAAGAAGGGUGAUGUUAAGAAUGCCCAGAAGAUGUUUAAUGAAAUGAUUUGUGAGCCAAAUGUGAUUACUUAUAAUACCAUGAUUCAUGGGUUUUUUAAGAUGGGUGAUUUUGAUAGUGCUAGGAGAGUUUUGGUUCGGAUGACAGAGAGUAGGGAUUGCUUGCCUGAUAGGAUAACUUGUACAAUAUUGAUUGAUGGGUAUUGUAAGAAAGGCAAGUCAGAGGAGGCGAUGAAGUGUAUGUAUGAAAUGGAGAAGCAUGGUUGUGAGCCAGAUGUGAUCACUUAUAGUACCAUGAUUCAUGGGUUUUGUAGGAAGGGUGAUUUUGAUAGUGCAUGGAGAGUUUUGGGUCACAUGAGGGAGAGUAAGGAUUGCUUGCCUGAUUCGGUAACUUAUACAACUUUGAUUGAUGGGUAUUGCAAGAAAGGCAAGUUGGAGAAGGCGAUGAAGUGCAUGAGUGAAAUGGAGAAACUGGGUUGUGAGCCUAAUCUGUUCAGUUACAAUGCUCUGAUUCAUGGUUUGUGUUUGAGUGGGCAGAUUGGUGAGGUGAAGGAGAUGGUGACAAAGAUGAGAUUACAUUGUGUGAAGGAUGAUAUAGUAACACACAUGACUAUCUUGAAAGGGCUUUGCAUUGAGGGGGGGCCAGACACCGCCACUAAACAUCUUAAAGAUAUAGUGAGCCUUGGGAUGAAACCUGAAGUGGCAUAUGUGGUGAUUAUUAAUGAGUACCGUAAGUUGAGAAAACCAGAUGGAGCGAUUUCGCUUUUGAAGGAAAUAAAUAUGAGAGGCCUAGAGCUGAGUGUUUCAUGCUUUAAUAGACUACUCAGAGUUCUUGUUGAAAGUGGGGAACCUGAAAGAGCUAUUUUUCCUCUAAAGGAAAUGCAUCAAAUGGGUUGCUCUCCGAAUUUCUUUUCGUAUAACACAGUGAUAUGCAGUCUUUGUGAUAUGAGAGGUAGAAUGGGGGAAGUUGAAGAGCUUGUUCGUGACAUGCUUGGGAAUGGUCACGAGCUACGUACCAACCUCCACGGUUGCAUAAAUAAGGGUUAUUGCGAAGAUGGCAACGUGAAUAUGGCAGUGCAGACUUUCUGUGGAACCCUGGAUAACAAUAACAUUUUCAGUUUGGAGAGAUUUUCGAUUUUGAUCAAGGAUUGUGCGCAAAAGGGAUGGUGGUUGAAUCUGAGAGGAUAUUUGAUUACAUGA